CGGCCCGGCCCUUCCGGGGCGCUGUGCCCGCCCUGCACGGCACCCGGCGCGGCCCGAGGGCAGCGGGACAUGGCGGGCUGGGCGGCGCUGUGCUGGGGGGCACGGCUGCCGAGCCCCGGCCCCGCCGCCGCCGCGUUGCGCCGUGCGGCCGCGCUGCCCGCGGCGUGCGGGCGGCCCUAUAGCGCCCGCGGCGAGGAAAAAUUAGAUAUGUCGGUGUAUCCUGUGGAAAGCAUUAGAAACUUCAGUAUUAUAGCUCAUGUAGAUCAUGGCAAAAGCACACUAGCAGACAGAUUGCUGGAAAUUACAGGAACAAUUUCUAAAACUAACCAUAAUAAACAAGUGCUGGAUAAACUGCAGGUGGAACGUGAAAGAGGAAUUACAGUUAAAGCCCAAUCUGCAUCUCUCUUUUACAAUCAUGAAGGCAUAAACUAUCUCUUAAAUCUUAUUGACACGCCUGGUCACGUAGAUUUCAGCUAUGAAGUAUCCCGAUCACUGUCUGCCUGUCAAGGUGUUAUACUUGUAGUGGAUGCAAAUGAGGGUAUUCAGGCUCAGACAGUGGCAAACUUCUAUCUCGCCUUUGAAGCACAGCUUUCGAUAAUUCCUGUUAUAAAUAAGAUUGACUUGAAAAAUGCAGACCCUGAAAGAGUUGAAAAACAAAUUGAGAAGCUAUUUUAUAUCCCUACAGAUGAAUGUAUAAGGAUUUCUGCUAAACAAGGUACAAAUGUUGAAAAAGUUCUUCAGAAGGUCAUUGAGAAGAUCCCACCACCCCAAUGUAAUACUGCUGAUCCAUUGAAAGCCUUGGUAUUUGACUCUACCUUUGACCACUACCGAGGUGUCAUAGCUAACAUUGCCCUCUUUGGUGGGGAGAUUGCAAAAGGACAUAAAAUUGUGUCUGCACACACAAAGAAAAGAUAUGAAGUUAAUGAAGUUGGAAUUCUGACUCCAAAUGAACAGCCAACACAUAAGCUCUAUGCAGGACAGGUGGGGUACCUGAUUGCUGGAAUGAAAGAAGUAACGGAAGCCCAAAUAGGAGACACACUCUUUUUGUAUAAACAGCCAGUGGAGCCUUUGCCUGGCUUUAAGUCAGCGAAGCCAAUGGUUUUUGCAGGAAUGUAUCCUGUAGAUCAAACAGAAUAUAAUAAUCUCAAAAGUGCUCUGGAAAGGCUGACAUUGAAUGACUCCAGUGUAACUGUUCAUCGUGACACUAGCCUUGCUUUAGGAGCUGGAUGGAGAUUGGGUUUUCUUGGUCUUCUACACAUGGAAGUCUUUAAUCAACGUUUGGAGCAAGAGUAUAACAUGUCUGUUAUUUUGACUGCACCUACAGUUCCGUAUAAAGCUGUUCUUUCCUCAGCAAAGUUGAUAAAGGAGCAUGGAAAAGACCAGAUUACUAUUAUCAACCCUUCGCAGUUUCCUGAUAAAUUUUCAGUAUCAGAAUACUUGGAGCCAAUUGUUCUUGGUACUAUUGUAACACCUCAUGAAUAUAUUGGGAAAAUAAUUACUUUGUGUCAGGAUCGUCGGGCAGUCCAGAAGGAUAUGUUGUACAUUGAUGAAAACAGGGUUAUGCUAAAAUACCUCUUUCCACUGAAUGAAAUUGUGGUGGAUUUUUAUGAUGUUCUCAAGUCUCUGUCUUCUGACUAUGCAAGUUUUGAUUAUGAAGAUGCAGGUUACCAAUCAGCAGACCUAAUCAAAAUGGAUAUUCUUCUAAAUGGAAAUCCAGUUGAAGAACUGGCAACUAUCAUACACAAUGAUAAAGCCUAUGCUGCUGGUAAACUCCUGUGUGAACGUUUAAAAGAGACUAUUCCUAGACAGUUGUUUGAAAUAGCCAUCCAGGCUGCCAUUGGCAAGAAAAUCAUUGCAAGAGAAACGCUGAAAGCUUACAGAAAAAAUGUUGUGGCAAAAUGUUAUGGUGGAGACAUUACAAGAAGAAUGAAGCUUUUAAAGAGGCAAGCAGAAAGCAAGAAGUUGAUGAGAAAAAUUGGCAAUGUUGAGGUUCCAAGAGAUGCCUUCAUACGAGUUCUGAAGAGAGAAACUGACAAAUAGAGAUCGACAUCUGAUCAUUCAGAUCAUGUCAACUUUUUGCAGACAACAGCCAAGUGAGCUAACACGUGAUUUAUAACUGUGAGAGGGAACAUACUUGACUUUCAGUGGUAUAAAUUUAGUAUGUGUGGGAAGAUGAAUUGGAAGGACUUAAAAAUGUACAUAUAUUUGUAGAUUAUUAUGAAAUUAAAGUUAAGACUGCGUCUAAAAGUUCAUAUUGUAUUGUUUUUCAUUUUAUUUCACUGUUUUCAUACAUUUAACACUUAACAUAACUUGGAGGGUUUUUGGCAUAGGAAGUCUCUAUAUGAGAGGAACCAUAUGGAAAAAAGGUUAUAAAAAUAAUUUAAAGGUAUGUAUAGACAAAAAUGUUGUAUUGGUUUGGUUUUUUUUCUUUUAAAGUUUGAACUGUUGGCACAAAAGUAUCAAGCUGUUUCCUGUUUUACUUUCUCUAAAGCUGCUGUUGUCAGGAAAUUGUGAUGCUGGGAAACCACUGCAGAGGAAAAAAUCAAAACUUUUUAAAUUUACCACACAGCUGAAGUGUGCAAAUUUACUAUUAGUUCAGCCUAGCUAUGCUCAUCUCCAGGGAAAUUACAAGUUUUAAUAUAUUGAAACACAGGAUCUGUAACUGUUUCACUAGUAAGACCAAUUCAGGUUUUAAAAAAUUAUUUAACAUGAAGGUUUGGUUAUAGCAUAUCUUGGUGUAGUUGGUGAAGUUUGAUUUAUAUUGUUUACAUACUGAAGUUUGUCAGUGUCCCCAGAUAAAUGCUGCAGUGCAUAAUGUAAGGUGUUAGUUUUGGAAGUGCACAAAGCAAUUAUGAAAGUAAGUUAAUGACCCUACUAUAUACUGUGUUUAUGACUGUUUACCCUCCUCCAAAAGCUUUUGAGCUGCAUUAACAUUUUUGAUUUUCAAUACUAGUUUUGCUUUUCACAGAUCUUAAUUUCUUGUUAUUAAAUAUAUUUUAGUGAACAAAUCAGUAGUCAUACCUGCUAAAGUACUCAAUCAUCAGGAAAGUCUGCCAUUAAAUUUAGGCUUAUACCUACACUUUAGUAACAAGCUACUUGUAUUUUGGCUUGCGUACAAGGAUGAACUGGGAAAAUCUUUGGAGGGAUGGAAUUGAACAGGACAUGUUCCCUUUGAACCUGUAUUAGUUUCAGAGUACAGAAAAAGGGGAGAGGGAAUUUUUAGACUUUAAUGGGGUUUUUUUGGUUUGGGUUUUUUUGUGUGUUUUUUGGUUUUUUUGGUUUUUUUUGGGUUUUUUUUUGGUUUUGUUUUGUUUUUUGUGUUAUUUGAAGCUGUUUCAGGUGCACUGAAAAACCAAAAUUCUGGAUGUUAACAAGGUAUCUGCAUCUCUGAUAAAGGUACCUAAGCUGCUGCUACUGACCCAGAAAAAAGGAAGGAUGCUAUGGAUUAAGGCUCUCUAACAUAUUUAUUAUUCCUCUCCUGUAAAAGCUAGCAUUUAAGAAACUACAAAUGCAGGGAUACAUGGUAGGAGCAAAGAGCUAAAACAAGGUCCUCCCCACUCCUUGAACUGGACCUGUAAGAAAGCACUGGUUCUCUACUGAGGAACAAGGCAGAAGCUAAAGGUAAGCUAAAAAUUAUCCAGACAGUAAAUCAUAUCCUUGCUGACUGACACAUCAAGUGUAUGUUACCUAAUUAAAUAAGUUACAUAGAUGGAUAAAGCUGACUUGAGAAUCUGUUUUAGCCUUACUAUAGUCACCCGAGGCAGAAUAAAAAAAUACAAAUUGGAGUCUUAAUUCUGAGAGGACUUGGACUCUUAUUCUGAGAGGACUUAUCAGUUUUGAGAACAAUAACUUAAAUGAACUGGGUAGUACAUGUACAGUACAUGAAGUAUUAGUUUUUGACACAAAAGUACCUGAUCCUAUCUAGUUACUUUUUCUUUUCCCCCUUUCCUUUGAAAAUACCUUAAAAUCAAAAAGAAUAAAAUGGUAACCUUGAUGUGCUAGGCUAACUUAGAAUUUACUCUUAAGACUACUGAACUUAAAAAUGCUUGCCUUGCCAUUACUGCAGAGUAACAGGUUAAAUUUUAUGCAACUUAAGGGGUCGACUUGCUCUUAAUAGUUGACAAGUUUGGAAGGUACUCUCCUGAAAAAAUAGUAUUUCAUAAAAUGAUUGGAAGUAUCUUAAGAAAUGAAAUAAAGGAAACAUUGUGGUAGUACUUAAAAAAAUUACAUCCUAUAGCAUUCAUAAUUUUAAAAACCCCAUAGUGUAACAAGAGAAACAAGCUGGAGAACAACCAAAAACUGUUCAUUAAGAGGCAGAAACAGUUCCAGACCCACUCAAGGACAGACAGGUUCUGCUGUAUCAGUAUUUAAAGUGGCCUGUGUUUUACAGAAGGCUGAAUAGUUAAAAAGGGAGAAAAGAUACUAAUUCUGUGAUCUUGCACAUCUUGAACACAAAGGGCUUUAGUUGGUACGGUUGCCAAACAAGGCACGUGGGUGAAAGGUGUGCUGGAAUAAAGAACAAGAAUAUUGUUUCAACAGAAUUCUCCAUUUUACCAUAUGAAGGAUGAUGAUCAUCAAGAUAAAUACAUGAUUCAAUUGCUUUUAAUACUAACCUAAAUUCAUUACUACUUUUAGUUUCAUGCUUUUUGUAAUAGAAUUGUUUAUAAACUUGCUUAGCUGUAAAGGCUAGUGGCAAACUUAAUACUGCAUUUUGAGUCAUGUAUUACCUGGAACAGCACUCUCCUGAAAGGGAGUCUUUUCAACUUUUUUCCCCACUAUGUUGCAUUACGCUUCAAAAAUACAUCUGUGUAAACUGAGCCUUAUAGCCUGUUUUAAAUGUGUGGAUGUUCAAUGUACUGUUGAGAACUGAAACACCAGGCCUGGCUUCCUACACUGCUAUAGACAGAUUCUUCCACGCUUAUGUAAUUUCACAGAAUCGGAGAACGGUCCAGAUUUGAAAUGACCCUGUAAGACCAUUUAUGAGAAAGGUGAGCCUAGAUGAGACUCUACCACAGCCCCAGGGAGAUAACGUGAUUUUGUAAUGAAGACUACAUGCCUGUCAUUUAGGUGAAAAGUUAAAUAGUUGAAGUUCUGCUUAGUUGCACUUUCUUGCAGUG